AUAAUGUUGUUUGUGUAUUUAGGAUGUCGAAAUAGGGCCUAAGGGUAAACCUAUUAGACCCACGAUGCCGAAUUUACCCAAAAAUCUAUCACUGGAGGAGAAAAAGUACUUAUUAGCAAUAGAAAGAGGCGAUCUUGCCAAUGUUAGAAGAAUGCUUCAAAAAGCUCACAGAUUCAAAUCAUUCGAUAUAAAUUGCAUGGACAGUUUAGGUAGAGGGGCUUUAACUAUUUCCAUAGACCAAGAAAAUUUGGAAAUGUUGGAACUAUUAGUAGUUAUGGGAGUUCAAACCAAAGACGCUUUAUUGCAUGCAAUAAAUGUUGAAUUCGUUGAAGCAGUAGAACUUUUAUUGGAACAUGAAGAACUCAUUCACAAGGAAGGCAAACCUUAUAGCUGGCAAACUGUGGAUAUUAAUACAGCUAUAUUUACUCCUGAUAUAACACCACUAAUAUUGGCAGCCCAUAGAAACAACUACGAAAUAUUGAAGAUUUUACUCGAUAGAGGAGCUACAGUACCUAUGCCUCACGAUAUUAAGUGUGGUUGUGAUGAGUGUAUAAGAGAGUCGGAUGCGGACUCCUUGCGGCACUCCUUAUCUAGAUUAAACGAGUACAAGGCGUUGGCCAGUCCUAGUCUAAUAGCGCUAUCGUCUACAGAUCCUUUGUUGACGACUUUUCAGCUUUCAUGGGAGUUGAGAAAUAUGGCUUUUGCAGAACCAGAAUGUAAGACGGAAUAUAUGGAGCUAAGAAAGCAAUGCCAACAGUUCGCAGUGGAUCUCCUCCAUCAAUCCAGAAGCUCACAAGAACUAGCAAUAAUAUUAAAUCAUGACCCUGAAGCUCCACCAUAUGAAGAAGGAGAACACAUGAAGUUAGCUAGACUUGAGCUGGCCAUACAAUUCAAGCAAAAAAAGUUCGUAGCGCAUCCCAACAUACAACAACUUCUAGCUUCUUUGUGGUACGAAGGUGUUCCAGGUUUUCGUCGAAAAACGACACCCCAAAAAAUAGGAAUUAUAAGUAAAGUCGCCAUAUUAUUUCCAUUUUACUCUUUUUUAUUCCUUUUUGCCCCGGAGACUCAAACUGGCAAACUCAUGAGAAAACCUUUUAUGAAGUUCUUGAUACACGCAUCAUCGUAUUUGUUUUUUCUCUUGAUUCUAAUCCUGGUGUCGCAAAGAGCUGAAGACCAAAUUAAAGAGUUUUUCUCACCUGAAAAUUCAGAAAAAAACUACGAAAAACAAAGAGGCAAUGAGCCUAUGAUUCUAGAGUACGUAGUGUUCAUAUAUGUUUUAGGAUUCAUAGUGGAAGAAACUCAUGAAAUAAUGAUCGAAGGAAUGGAGUCAUAUAUAAGAAAUCUAUGGAACUUUAUAGACUUUACACGUAAUUUUCUGUAUGUUCUUGUUUUCAUCCUUAGGGUGGCAGCUUAUAUAGAACAAAAUUCGGAAAUACAGGACGAUCCAAGCUUGGCUUUCAUGAGACGUGAGGAGUGGAAUGCCUUUGACUGCCAACUAAUAGCAGAGGGGUUAUUUGCUGCUGCCAAUGUUUUUAGUGCGCUAAAGUUGGUACAUUUGUUCUCAAUCAACCCUCAUCUAGGACCAUUACAAAUCUCUCUGGGCAGAAUGGUGAUAGACAUAGUCAAAUUCUUCUUCAUCUAUGCCUUAGUUCUUUUUGCUUUCGCAUGCGGUUUAAACCAGUUAUUGUGGUAUUUUUCCGAUCUAGAGAAAAAAAAAUGUUACCAUCUACCAAAUGAUGAACCCGAUUUUGAAAAUGCCGGCGAUUCCUGCAUGAAAUGGAGACGAUUUGCGAAUGUUUUCGAGUCCUCUCAGUCCCUAUUCUGGGCUAGUUUUGGUAUGAUAGACCUGGCGAGUUUCGAGCUAACGGGAAUCAAAACAUACACGCGAUUCUGGGGGUUGUUGAUGUUCGGUUCUUACUGCGUUAUAAACGUUAUUGUUUUACUGAAUCUCCUCAUCGCGAUGAUGUCGAAUUCCUACGCUAUGAUAGAUGAACAUUCAGAUACAGAGUGGAAAUUUGCUAGGACCAAGUUAUGGUUGAGUUAUUUUGAGGAGAGUGCUACCCUACCACCACCGUUCAAUAUAUUACCCAGGCCAAAGAAUAUAUUGAAACUAUUUGGUUUAAGGAAGAAGGAUAAGAUGAGGAGGAUGGAUUCCAAAAGGAAGAGUAUUGAACGCGAAAGAGAUUACAAAUACACAUCAGUCAUGAGAUCGUUAGUUUGGAGAUACGUAUCUGCAAUGCACAGAAAAAUGGAGGAAAACUGCGUAACUGAGGAUGAUGUGAAUGAAUUGAAAGGCGAUAUAUCUUCGUUUAGAUAUGAGCUACUGGAAGUCUUGAAUAGAAAUGGUAUGGACACAUCUUCUGCUGAAAUGAAGGAGAAAGCUGUCCUGGGCAAAAAAAUGAAGAUAUGGGAACGUAGAUUGAUGAAAGAUUUUCAAGUAGCACCUGUUACAGAGGAUGGUGAUGCACCCUUAACUUUUGAAACUCCCCCACCAGGAGAAAAUUCACUUGCAAGGUUUAGAAGAGUGGCAAAAAUGGCCGUACUAACAUCAAACUUAAACAAAUGGAAACAAGUCGUUAAAGGAGCUUGUAUAGCCUCCCAAAUAGGUACAUGUCAUACAAGGGAAUCAUUUAAAAAACAACAAAACCUACUUAGAGCUAUAGAGGAAGCAAAACAAUUAACCGCUCGAAGCCCAUCUCAUAUAUUAUCUAGGAUAUCAACCCCAUGUGAUCUUCCUGAUGUAACUGGAUCCAAUAUACUAGAUUUAAUAAAGGAAAAUAAAAGUGGUAUAGUUAAGUUUAAGAAUAUUCUAUCAGCAGAAUCACUUCUUCAAACACCUAACCCCAAUAUAAGGAUUUCAAAGGCGACCCCUAGCCCUAUAAGAAAACUGAACGACCAAAGUGAUUUAAUAACAUUUUCUACCACAAACGUUUCAAAAAUUGUAUCUCAACACGAAGAUAUACCCAAAAGUGAAACACCUGAAUCGUUUUGUAGUGAAACUAACUUUCCCUUGGACAAAUCGGACUCUUUUGAUAGAAUGUCAGUCAAAGAUCAAGUUGCUAUAAUUGAAGACAGAGCAAGAAGUAUAUCUCCUGAAAUAAAUACUUCAAGACCGCCAAGCAGAUGCAGUUUUUUGCCUACAAACAUAAUAGAAAACAUAGAAGAAGAAAUAUCAAACACAAUGGUAGAUAGACCUACAAUUGAGUUACCAUCAACAAAUCAUAUCGAAGAAAACACGAUAGCUGCCAUAGAUAACGUUUUAGAUGACAUAAAAGAAGAAAGUUAUGAAGAAUCUUCUAAAUUGAACGUAUCUUCACCUAGUUCAAGAACCCCUUCACCCAUGACUUCAAGAAACAUACAAAGAGUAGGUGACAAAAAGAAAAUACAACCCAAAGUGGGUUGGCUAUAA